UGGAUGGAGAAUAUUUCAGAGGUGACUGAAUUUAUUCUUGUAGGACUAACAGAUACCCCUGAGCUGCAAGUCCCUUUAUUUAUAAUCUUCACAGUCAUUUACAUCAUCACUGUGGUUGGGAACCUUGGGAUGAUCAUGUUGAUUCUGCUGGACUCUCAUCUCCACACUCCCAUGUACUUCUUCCUCAGUCACCUCUCCCUGGUGGACUGUGUUUAUGCCUCUGCUAUCACUCCUAAGGUGGUGGUGGGGUUUCUCACAGGGGAUAAAGUCAUUUCCUACAGUGCAUGUGCUGCCCAGAUGUUCUUCUUCCUUACCUUUGCCAUCAAUGAAAGUUUCCUCCUGGCCUCCAUGGCCUUUGACCGCCAUGCAGCAGUGUGUAAGCCCCUGCAUUACACCACCACCAUGACAAGUUCAACAUGUGUCUUAAUGGCCACUGGCUCCUACAUGUGUGCACUCUUGCAAUCCUCUACCCAUGUUGCUUUUACCUUCCAUCUCUCCUUCUGUCAUUCUAAUGUGAUUAAUCACUUUUUCUGUGAUAUUCCCCCACUACUGGCUAUUUCUUGCUCUGAUAUCUACACAAAUGAGAUUGUGCUAUUCUCAGUGGCGGCACUUGAUGUUUUUUUCACUCUCUUCAUUAUAUUGAUCUCUUACCUCCUUAUUUUUGUUGCAAUCCUGAGGAUGCAUUCAGCUGAGGGACAGAGAAAGGCCUUCUCUACCUGUGCAUCCCACCUCACCACUGUUUUCAUCUUCUUUGGAACAGUCAUUUUCACUUACUUACAGCCCAGCUCCAGUCACUCCAUGGACACUGACAAGGUGGCAUCUGUGUUCUACACCAUGGUCAUCCCCAUGCUGAAUCCUCUAGUGUAUAGCCUGAGAAACAAGGAGGUCAAAAGUGCAUUUCAUAAAUUUGUUGGAAAAGCAAGUUCUUCAUUGGGUUUACUAAAUUAA